UUGGUAGGCCGUGCCCUGGCCUCCACUAAGUGCUGCCAUUUCUUUCAGCAAAGUGUCACCGCUACUCAGCUGCCACUAGCUUAGCCCAAUACCCACCCAACACAUUAAGCUGUCCUCCUCCUGCCCCAACAACGCCACACAUCCCCACAUCCAUUUCGAUAAGGAUCCCAGAGCUCCAGCUCCUGCAUCGCCUCCAAUGGCGGCUGCUGCUGCUUCAACAGGGAACGGGAGCCCGCCGGUGGGUCUGCUGGUGCUGAUGGUGCUGGCAUUGGCGGCCGGGUGGUUCGCGAACGCCGUUCGCCCGCCGACGCCGACGCCUUGCGGGGCGCCGGGAGGGCCGCCGGUGACGGCGCCGAGGGUGCGGAUGCGCGACGGGCGGUUCUUGGCGUACGCGGAGUCCGGCGUGAGCCGGGACGGCGCGCGGUUCAAGGUCGUCUACUCGCACGGCUUCUCCGGCAGCCGCAUGGACUCGCCCCGCGCCUCGCAGGCGCUGCUGGAGGAGCUUGGCGUGUACAUGGUGGCGUUCGACCGCGCCGGCUACGGCGAGAGCGACCCCGACCCGCGCCGGUCGCUCCAGAGCGCGGCGCUCGACAUCCAGGACCUCGCCGAUGCGCUCGACCUCGGCGACAAGUUCCACCUCAUCUGCUCCUCCCUCGGCUGCCACGCCGGCUGGGCCUCCGUCAAGUACAUCCCACACAGGCUGGCCGGAGUGGCGAUGAUGGCGCCGGUGAUAAACUACCGGUGGUCGGGGCUGCCGAGGGGGCUGGCCCGGCAGCUGUACCGGCGGCAGCCGCUGGGCGACCAGUGGUCGCUCCGCGUGGCCUACUACGCGCCGUGGCUGCUGCACUGGUGGAUGAGCCAGCCAUGGCUGCCCACCUCCACCGUCGUCAGCGGCUCCGGCUCCUUCCCCAACGCCCUCGACGAGAAGAACCGCCUCAUGGCCCUCUCCACCGGAAUGUUCCAAAAGAGGGCACAGGCGGCGACGCAGCAGGGGGUGCAGGAGUCGUUCUACCGCGACAUGGCGGUGAUGUUCGGGCGGUGGACGGAGUUCGAGCCGACGGACCUCGGGGAGGCACCGCCGUUCCCGGUGCACCUCUUCCAGGGCGAUGAGGACGGUGUCGUGCCGGUGCAGCUGCAGCGGCACAUAUGCCGCCGGCUCGGCUGGGUCAGCUACCACGAGCUCGCCGGGGUGGGGCACUUCCUGUCGGCGGUGCCGGGGCUCGGAGACAGGAUCAUCAGCACCCUAUUGCCAGGGCCGGCGGGUAACAGCUCGACCGCCGCCGGCAGUGUCUGCGCGUACUGAAACCAAAGACGACUGAUGACUGAUCUUCAGUAGGUAGAGGACUGUAGGAAGCAAUGCUGAAGAAAAAGGAUUUUUCCCUCCGUUCCAAAAUUAUAAGAUGUUCUAAGUUUUUCUGAUUCAGAUGUAUAUAGACGCAUUUUAGUGUGGUUGUUCACUCCUUCCAGCAUGUAUGUACUCCCUCCGUUCCUAAAUACUUGUCUUUCUAGACAUUUCAAAUGACUACUACAUACGGAUGUACGUAGACAUAUUUUAGAGUGUAGAUUCACUCAUUUUGCUCCGUAUGUAGUCACUUGUUGAAAUGCCUAGAAAGACAAGUAUUUAGGAACGGAGGGAGUAGUUCAUAUUGAAAUAUGUAAAACAUCUUUAUAACA